AUGGCCGAGGCAGAUUUAAAAACCAAAAUAACACAGUUGCAAAUGGCAACCGAGAAAAGUGAUGCAAUUCUUAAUGGAAACAAGAAACGAGCGAUUGCCAGACACGGGGAGAGCUUGAAAGAAACAAUAGCUGCGGUAAAUAAAUUGCGAUUAACAGUCGAAGCAGAGAAAAUUUCCAAAGGAACAAGUGCCGAGGAGAUCGAAGAGUGGAAUAAAACCGUAGAGAAUACGAUGGAAAAAGCCGACGGUAUGGUUGAAAUUUUAGAGCAAUGGUUAGACGCACAAGAUGCGAGAAAGGAGAAAAUACAACUCGAGGUGAAAGCAGAAAGAGAGGAAAUAGAACGGGGAAAACAACUACAAUUUGAGCUAAAAUUACACGAAGCUAAGGUGAAAUUACAAUCUGAAAUUACACCGGAAGUAAGUGUGCAUACAAGCGGAAGUAAGCAAAACAUUGAAGCGAAAUUGCCAAAACUUCAUAUAACAAAAUUUAACGGUACUUAUGCAGAUUGGCCAAGAUUUUGGAACCUGUUUUCAGAAACAAUUGACAAAUCGGGCAUUUCUCCUAUAAACAAAUUCGCCUAUUUACAAGAACUGUUAUGUGAUAAAGCAAAAAGGUCAAUUGAAGCCCUACCCCAUACUGCUGAAGGAUACAACCGAGCAAUUUCCAUCCUGAAAGAUCGGUUCGGAAAGGAAAGCGAAGUCGUGAAGACCUUUGUGAAAGAAAUAUUGAAUCUACCACAUAUUGCUACAGCCAACACUAAGAAAAUAAACGAGUUCUAUGAAAAAUUGGCUUACUGUGUGCAAUCGCUAGAAACACUCAAACAAUUAAUGCUAUUAGUGGAACAGUCUCCAUGAUAUUAGAUAAGCUGCCUGCAAUAAGAGGUGAUCUUGUACGAAGUGAUUCCAUAUGGGAAAAGUGGGACUUUAUACAGAUUACUGAUGCCUUACAACUCUGGACCAGAAGAAACCCAGUAAUUGAAGAUGCGAAACCAGAUGAUCCAUCAAAGAAGCGAGAUCGACGAGACACGAUGACGAGGCAUUACUACCAGACACAACAAGGUAAAACCGAACAGUCGAGUAAGAAACGCCCUUGUGUAUACUGCGAUGGGCAUAACCAUCGAUCAUCAGAGUGUGACUCGGUUAGAAUGGCAGACCAACGCAAGGCUAUUUUGGCAAAGAAAAAGUUAUGCUUUAAUUGCACUGGUGCGGCACACAGAGCGUCAGAAUGCAGGAGCACAGGGACAUGUAAGAACUGUGGCAAACGACAUCAUACUUCAAUUUGCGAUGAGACCGGUCCACCAAAGCCAGUGUUAACUGCGCAUAUGGAGGAAGACCAGCAAGUAAUCUACCCCACUGUGUUGAUUGAAAUUGAUGGGAUCAAGACACAUGCCCUUUUAGAUACAGGAGCUAGUAGUUCAUAUGCGUCAGCAAAGUUGAUUGAAAUACUUCACAAGAAACCAAAGCAAGUAAAGACAAGAAGGGUGGACAUGAUGCUAAGUUCUACAACAACCAAAGUAGAGAUAUAUUCAGCUAAUCUUCAGUCGGUUGAUGGUAAAUUUAACAUGGAGAUCGAGUUAUCUAAAGUCCACAAACCACAACUUUUGAUGAUAAACAACCCGAAUUUCAAGGAACUUUCCGAAACAUACACCCACCUUGAGGGAGUGAAAGUCAACGAGGAUCCAGCAAACCGAGAUCAGAUUCCAAUCCACGUAGUCCUCGGUGCGAGUGAAUAUGCGGCUGUCAAAACACGGACAGCUCAGAAAGUCGGACAGCCAGGGCAACCUGUAGCAGAAAGGACCCUACUGGGAUGGACUGUUAUGUCGUCUGGGAGAGAAGACAAAGAUGGUCCAGUGCUAUUUACUCAAUCAACCUCCAACGACUACGAGCAACUCUGUGCCCUGGACGUACUCGGACUUGCAGACACUCAUGAGAAUGACCAACAAACUGUCUAUACAGAGUUUAAAGAGCAGUUAGAGAGAGCUGAUGCUGGGUGGUAUCAAACUAGCUUGCCCUGGAAGGGCAACCAUCCAACCUUGCCAGCAAAUGAAAUGGGUAGCAAGAAACGGCUGGAAAACUUAAUCCGGAAGCUGAAAAAGAAUGAACUAUAUGAAGAAUACAAUACAAUUAUUGAAGAGCAAUUACAGAAGGGCAUACUCGAAGCUGCACCUGAGAUACCAACUGGAAAUGAGUACUACAUCCCCCACAAGGCGGUGGUAAAGAAAGAAGCAGAAAGCACAAAACUUCGCAUUGUCUACGAUGCGUCCGCAAGGGAAGAUAACACCAAACCUUCGUUAAAUGACUGCCUGCACCCCGGACCAUCCCUACAAAAUCAACUUUGGGACAUUCUAGUCAAAUCACGAUUUAAUCCUGUUCUACUCACUGAUGACCUCAAGAAGGCGUUCCUACAAAUAAGAAUCAAGCAGGAAGAGAGGGACUCUUUGCGCUUCCAUUGGAAGGAACCAGACUGUGAUGGGAUUAAAGUCUACCGGUUCACAAGAGCAUUAUUUGGACUCGCCAUUCCUCCUUGCUGGAGUUCUGAACCAACAUCUCGAUACCUGGAAGGAUCGGUAUCCUGAACUUGUGAAAGAAUUACGAGAAGGGCUCUAUGUCGAUGACUUAAUGACCGGUGGUGUUACAGUGAAAGAAAUGGGAGAAAAGAAGGUCAUGGCAACGGAAUUGUUCGAGGAUGCAACAUUCUCCAUCCACAAAUGGCACUCCAACGCAAAGGAGCUUGAAGGAGAUAGUGGAACAUCAGUUGAGUCUGAGGAAGUGAGCUAUGCCAAACAACAGCUUGGAGGGGAAGAAGUUGGUGGAAAAUUACUGGGAUUACCGUGGAACAGAGAAAGAGACACAUUUAGCAUAAGCCUUGAUGUGAACACUUGCACAACGAAGAGAGAGGUUAUAUCUGAGAUUGCUAAAGUGUAUGAUCCUUUGGGUCUUGUAUCACCAACUAUGCUUGUUGCUAAGUUACUCUAUCGGGACAUUUGUGACUCUAAGAUAUCGUGGGAUGCACAGUUACCAGAACCACUCUUGAAACGAUGGAAGAGUUGGAGAAGCUCGUUGACUGAAGAAUUGACAGUGCCCAGACCUCUUACACCUCAUCGCGUUCCUGUCACUGGUAUCGAACUGCACAGCUUUGGAGAUGCAAGUUCCCAGGGAGUUUGUGCAGCGGUAUACGCCGUCGUCCAUCAAGCUGAUGAAGUAACACAAGGACUUGUCUGUGCCAAAUCUCGAAUUGCCAAACGUAACCAAACCAUCCCGCGUUUAGAAUUAAUAGCUGGUCACAUGGCGGUUAACCUUGUAUCAAACGUAGAAACAGUACUUAGCAAUUACCACGUGGAGACCUUCUGCUGGCUUGACUCGACCGUGGCCCUUUACUGGAUAAAGGGUAAAGGAGAUUAUCGUCAGUUCGUGGCGAACCGUGUGCGGAAAAUUCAGGAGCAUAGUCAAGUAAGCUGGCAUCACGUACCAACAGCACAGAAUCCUGCAGACGUGGGAAGUCGAGGCGGAGUUGUGGCAACUAAUCAACUGUGGAGAGAAGGCCCUACAUGGCUGAGAAAUCGUUCUGAAUGGCCUACAGACGUAACCUUAGAGGCAACCGCUGAAACAAGAGCCGAAGCCAAAGUGAAACAAGAAAUCUUAGCAGUAGCAUCGGUUGAGAAAGAUGAGUUCGACCAGUUGCUCGACAAAUUCAGCUUGGUUAAAGUCCUACGUAUUGGAGCCUGGAUACAGCGCUUCCUUGAUAACUGCAGAACGAAGCCCAAGGAGAGAAAGAGCGGUCCGAUCGAUACGGAAGAAAUUGAACGAGUGAAAUUGUGGUGGAUAAAGCGUGCUCAGCUCCAAGCACAACAAGACGUACGAUUUGAAGCUGAUCAACUACACUUAAACCUUCAACCCAAUAACCGAGGGAUCUUAGAGUGUCGCGGUCGAAUAGUCGGGGAAUAUCCAAUUUACCUACCUGACCAUCAUCCAUUCACCACGUCUUUAGUCCACCACGCACACAUUUCAACCCUCCACGGCGGCGUUGGAAUGACAAUGGCGAAAGUACGAGAACAUCAUUGGGUUCCGCGAUUGCGCCAGCUGGUCAAGAAGAUAAGAUCGAAGUGCCAUGGUUGCAAACGAUUCCAGGCGAAAGCGUUCCAAACACCACCACCGGGAAAACUCCCAAGUACGAGAACACAAGGAACUGCACCUUUUCAAGUGUUAGGCGUAGAUUUUGCAGGACCAAUUAAGUACCAAGUCAAGGGCAAGAAAGAGAAGAAAGCUUAUCUAGCACUAUUUGCAUGUAGCUUAACCAGAGCCGUGCAUCUGGAGUUGGUAAGAUCAUUAGAGACGGAGGAUUUCAUAAUGUGUUUUAAGAAAUUUAUUGCGUGAAGAGGGAGACCGGAACUAGUUUAUUCAGACAAUGGAACGACAUUCAAGGCAGCGGCAAAGUGGUUACAGAAGGUGAGAAAGGAUGAGCAGUUUAAUAACUAUCUCGCGAAGCUGGAGAUCAAAUGGCAAUUCAAUCUGAGCCGCGCUCCCUGGUGGGGGGGGGGGGCAGUUUGAGCGGCUAAUCGGUUUGUUUAAGAAAGCAUUCUACAAGUCAAUUGGGAAUGGUGCGCUCAAAUGGUCGGAGCUAGAAGAAGUAGUUUUGGACAUAGAGGUAGCGUUGAACAAUCGUCCACUCACAUACAUGGAAGAUGACGUCCAACAACCAGUCCUCACACCGAAUUCGUUGCUCCAAGUUAAUCCUUGCCACCUGCCAGAGAUGGAGACGUAUCAAAUUGAAUGCAAGGACCUGAAGAAACGGGCAAAGGUUCUGAAGAGGUGCAAACUGUCGAUGUGGAAGAGAUGGAGUCGGGAAUAUGUGAGAAGCCUCCGUGAACAACAUCGGAAUUUGGGACGACAGAAUGACCAGUCGUAUCCAAAGGUUGGUGACAUAGUUGUUGUGCGAGAUGAGGAUCAACCACGGAACCGUUGGAGAAUAGCUGUUGUAACCCGAAUGAUACAUGUUGAAGACUGUGUGUUGAAGACCGGAAAAGGUACAUUAGAACGUGCUGUUCAACAGUUAUUUCCCCUCGAACUUUCCUGUGAUCGUGAACCGUGUCAUCCUCUUAACCCAAACGCCCCAGAAUACCGCCCGAGAACCACGAGAGCAGCUGCUACGGAAGCAAGGGAGAGAAUUCGACAAAUUGCGAGUGAGGAAGAUUAG